UCUAGUGGACGCAGUUGCAAGGCACAAGCAGAGGAGAAGCAACGGACUCGGCUAGACCAAGAGUGGAUGAAAGAUUUAAUCUAACUAAUAACCUCCUUUCAUUACGGAAUAUGAAACUUUUCGGAGUAUUUGCAGUUCUGUGGCUAUGGAUAGUGGAAGCCUCGGAAAAUUGUCCAGAUGCUUGCACAUGUAGCCAGAAAAAGAACAUAGAGGGAACAGAGGUUAACUGCUAUAGACAACAACUUCAACAUUUUCCAUUGAAAUUCCCUCUGGAUGCAUGGAUAAUAAAAAUGGGUCAAAACCUAAUUCAGGAAGUUCCAGCAAACAUUCUAAGUUCUCUCCCCAAACUUGAGAGUGUAACCUUGGAACGCAACUCAAUUGAAUCUAUACAUCCCCAAGCUUUUUCUGGAGCCAGCAGACUGAUGCUUCUGAACCUGAAUGGAAAUCAGAUAACUACUCUCCCCACAAAGGGUUUUAAAGACCUUCUCAACCUCCGUUUUCUCUUGUUAGGCCAAAAUCAGAUUAGCACAGUAAAAUCUGACAUGUUCUUCGGCAUGAGAAAUCUCUCAGAUCUAGACCUUCCCAUGAACUCUCUUACUACGCUUUUACCUAAUGCCUUCAAACCGCUUAUCGCUCUCAAAGUGCUGGACCUUGCCUUAAACCAUAUUCAAAAGAUCUCUCCAAAAGCUUUCUCUGGACUUGAAGAGUUACUCUUUCUAAAUCUGGAUAACAACAGGCUGAAGAACAUACAGGCUGGGGUUUUCAAGACUUUAAACAAUCUAGAGAUGUUGGUGCUUGAUAAUAAUCUUCUUUCCACAUUAAGUUCAUCCAUGUUCGAGGGACUGUCAAACCUACAGGAGCUUUAUGUGAGGAAAAACAGGAUUAGUAGCCUGCCAGCUGAUGUUUUCCGCAAUACACCCAAACUUACACACGUGGCCCUAAGUGGGAAUCAACUUCAAACAAUUGAUGGAAAUAUGUUGGCCAAUGUACAAGGACUGAUGCAUGUCUAUCUACAUGACAACCCAUGGAAAUGUGACUGCAACAUCAACUCUUUGGUGCAGUACAUAGAUCAAAAGCAAGUGAAUCGAGCUCCUCUGGAGAAAUUGUGGUGUGUUAGCCCAGAGGAACACCGUGGCAAAUCUAUGCACAAACUGAAAUCUGAGGGCCUUCUCUGUGAUGCCUAGUCAGCGUCGGUCUCAUCUCAUAUCAUGAUAGUAUAAAUGUAUGAGGCUUCGCGUAAUUGAAAGGUAAAACCUUACAUAAUUGCAAGCACAAAGACUUUGACAAGACA